CCUGCAGCAGCUGCCCGCCAAGCCGGAUGAUGCUGCGGCUGGGAGCGACUGCUGCUCGGGGCUGCCUCUCUGAACCCCCCGAGCCGAGGGAGCCUGAGCACAUCUGGAACACCGCAGCGGCGGCAGGCAGCAGCCCAGACCCAGCCAAGGCCCCCACAGCCAUGGCCCAGCCCUGGUCCCAGCCGUUUCCCUCCGGGCCGGGCGGUGCCAGGCGGGGCCGCCCCGCUGCUCGGGAGCGGGCCGGGAGGCAGGGCCCGGCGGCAUCCGGCCAGAGCCAUUGUCUGCUGGCCCGGCACCAAAGCCUGGCCUGGGGGCGUUGUGGGGUGGUUCCCUUCUUCCACUGCAGCAGGGGUGCAGCGGCAUCAGCAAUGGGAUUUCGCUGUCCCUGCAUCGGGAUGCAAAGGCAGCAGGGGGUUGGGGGGCACGCCGCCGCCAGCUCCCGGAGCUCUGAAGGGACGAGGGUUUCGGCUUUUCCUUCUAAACGCCGACAUUUGAGUAACGUUAUCAGCGAGGUGAAAUUGCUCAGCCGGGAGAGCGUCGCGCAGGACGCGGAGCACAGCCACCGCCCGGCUGCAGCCGAGCACAGCCCUCCGCCGCCGCGGGAGGCGGCUGCCCCUGCCCUGGCCCCGCUCCCUGCCUCUGUCCCGGUCUCAGCCCCCGGCCCGGCCCGCCCCGGACACGCAGCAGCCCCGGGAUGGGGGCCUGGGAGCCAGGGGCAGUGGUCGCGCCCCCCCCGCCCCCAGCCCGUCCUGGGGCUGUCUCCCGUCGUCCGGGGCCGGGGAAGGGACCGAGGAGACUGGGGCGAUGCUCGGCUACGAGCCGAGCUGAAAGCUCCGCUUGUGUCUCUGAGUGUGCCCGUGUCUGUGUGCGUGUGUAGCUUUGUGUGCGUGUACGCGUGUGCACGGGGAGAAGGAGGGCUGGGCGAAGAAGGGAGGGGGAGGAAGCAAGAAGAAAAGAGAGAGAGAAAAACGCGGAAAGCGGCAAAAAUGACAUCACCGUCAUCAUUUGCAUAGGCGCGGGGAUAAAACCGCCCCGCCAGCGAGCGC